UCCAAAUCCUCCAAUUUUGUCUCUCUUCACCACCCUUCUCCAACACCUCAAAUGACCUCAAACGUUGCUUCCCAGCCAAGUCUGUUCGGCGACCCCUCCAUCGACCAUGCGGUGGCAGGACUCGGCGCAGGGACGGUGGCUACCCUCGUCAUGCACCCCCUCGACUUGGUCAAAGUACGCUUUCAACUCGCCAACUCGGCCUCUCAAUUGGCACCAUCAUCAAGUGAAUCAACAGGUGGUCUACAACGGCACGUAUCAAAAGCCAGGUUCGGGACAGGAGUGUUUAUGGCUCUGCGCGACGCGGUGCAGGUGGAUGGAUGGAAGGGGCUUUAUAGAGGUCUGAUACCAAACUUGGUAGGGGGCGCUGGGUCUUGGGGACUAUAUUUCCUUUUCUACAACAUGAUCAAAAAAGAGAUGCAGGGCGGCGACCCAGCGUACAAGACGAGUAGUGGUCAACAUCUUUUAGCUGCUGCUGAAGCUAGCGCAAUAACAGCGAUGAUGACAAACCCCAUCUGGGUCGUGAAAACAAGAGUCUUUGGGACAGCCAAAAAUGAUCCAGCAGCCUAUCGGGGUCUAUGGGACGGCCUGACAUCGAUAUACGCAAAAGAAGGUCUCCGCGGUCUCUACAAAGGCUCCCUCCUCGCUCUCGUCGGUGUAUCCAACGGGUCUAUCCAGUUUGCGGCGUAUGAAGAGAUCAAGAGGAGACGGACGGAGGUUAAGAAGCGGUUGUUUGAGUUGGAAGGGAAGACGUGGGGCGCGGGCGAUGAGAAACUUUCGAAUAUAGAGUAUAUAUUGGCAUCAGGAUCUUCGAAGCUUGUGGCUAUCGCCCUUACAUACCCCUACCAAGUCGUUCGCGCCCGUGUCCAAAACUUUUCCCCGACCCUAACCCUCCCCAAGCCCCCUCCCCUCCCCCACCUCAUCUCCUCCAUAUUCCGCCAAGAAGGCUUGCUCGCAUUCUACAAGGGCCUCGGUACGAAUGCGCUCAGGAUCUUGCCGGGGACGUGUACGACGUUUGUUGUUUAUGAGAAUCUGGUGUGGGGGUUUAGGCGGGUUGCUGCGCGGAAUGGGGGGGAGGAGGAGUUGAAAUAG